UGUGCGUUUAGAGCCUCGUCACCUACGCGGCUGGCAUGCGUCUCCUUGCUCUCGAGAUGUCGCUGGUGCUGCUUCUUGCCUUACCACUCCUUUUCUCUUGUGCAAAUUCGACGGAGAUGCAACUGGAUAAGGAAGCAGAAGCCCUUCUUCGAUGGAAAUCGAGCUUAGACGACUCCGGGACUUCAGGCUGCCUCAGGUCAUGGAGCAAGGGCACCAGCCCGUGCAACUGGACUGGCGUUGCCUGCAGCAUCGCGGUGCCUCGUGGCCGUGUCCCAGGUGUGGCCAACAUCUCCCUUCCCGGGUGUCACCUCUCUGGCCGGUUAGAUGGGCUCGACUUUGCAGCUUUGCCUCGUCUUGCCCAUCUGGACCUCAAUAACAACUCCCUCUCAGGGCGAAUCCCGCCAAUCAUUGGUACACUUGAUGAGCUCACUUCAUUGGAUCUCUCAAGUAAUGCCCUCUUGGGACCCAUCCCACCAUCCAUAGGUAAUCUUACUAGACUAACUUCCCUUGAUCUCUCUCAGAAUUAUGGGUCCCUAAACGGACACAUCCCUUCUACACUUGGCAUGUUACACAGUUUAAAGAAGCUCGAUCUAUGUCGUAACAGCUUUUCUGGCCCAAUACCUCCUAGUUUGGGAAAUUUGACUACAUUGGAUUUCAUAGGCCUUAGCUUUAACAAUUUAUCGGGUAAAAUUCCACAUGAGUUUGGGAUGCUCCGUAGCUUGACAUUCCUACAUAUGCUUGGCAAUAGCAUUAACGGUUCCAUUCCUGGAAGCAUUGCAAGUAUAACAAGGCUAGAAUUGUUGGACCUUUCCAACAAUCAAAUACAUGGUUCCGUCCCUUCCACCUUCUGGAAAUUGACCUCUCUAAGAAAACUUGUUCUUGCCUCCAAUCAGAUUAAUGGACUGCUGCCACCAGAAAUAGGAUUUCUGGUUCAUCUCACGCAUCUAGAUUUAAGCAGCAAUCAAUUUACGGGAAGCAUUCCACCUCAGAUAGGACAAUGCCAGCACUUGUUGCUGUUGCACAUAUCAGACAAUUUAUUGACAGGGACAAUACCACAAGAUCUUGGGGGAUGUACUGGCCUAUAUGACCUGGAUUUAAGCAGAAAUAAUCUAAGUGGCACCAUCCCAAUCACUCUUGCGCAGCUUUAUCAACUGCAUAACCUGAAUUUGUCAUUCAACAGUUUGAGUGGCAGAUUUGGUGACACAUCUUUCCCUGCACUGAAUGCCUUAGUUUCUCUUGACCAUAAUUUGGAUAUCUGUGGUGAUCAACGGUAUGGCUUAACACCGUGCGAUGCACCAGAGCUUGAUGGAAAAAACGAGGGGAAAAGACAUAAUAAACGUCUUAUUUUGGCGCUACUUCUUGCUUUUGGUCUGUUUUGCUUCAUUUGUCUUGCAAUAGGAAGCGUGACAUCUUUUUGUUGGAGGAGAAAAAUCGCACAAACCAGUAGCAAAAGCAAGCCUGGAGAUGUGUUUUCUGUAUGGAAUUUGGACGGGAAGAUUGCAUUCCAAGACAUACUCGAUGCGACAGAAAAUUUUGAUGAUAAAUAUUGCAUUGGUGUUGGGGGACACGGGUCUGUCUUCAGAGCUGAGCUUCAAGGAGGAAGUGUCUUUGCAGUCAAGCUGCUCCACACAAUGGAUGAUUACAGUGAUGAAGGAGCAUUUCGUGCUGAGAUCGACGUGUUGACAAAGACAAGGCAUCGAUGCAUAGUCAAGCUGUAUGGAUUUUGUUCUCACUCCCAGUGCAAAUUUCUUGUAUAUGAUCUCAUCGAAAGGGGAAGUUUAGCAUCCAUUUUGCAUGAGGAACAGCUUGCGAGAGAGCUUGAUUGGCCCAAAAGAGUUGCCAUUGUGAAGGAUGUAGCUCAAGCUCUCUCUUACUUGCACAAUGAUUGUGAUGAACCCAUUAUACAUCGUGACAUAAAAAGUAGCAAUAUCUUAUUAGACCGUGAUUUUAAAGGUUAUGUCUCAGAUUUCGGCAUGGCUAGGAAGUUGAAGCAUAAUUACUCAAGUUCAAGUACUAUCUUUGCAGGGACAUGCGGCUAUAUUGCACCAGAAUUAUCAUCUACAAUGGUAUUGACGGAGAAGUGUGAUGUCUAUAGCUUUGGUGUGGUUACCUUAGAAGUGGUGAUGGGAAAGCACCCCGGAGAUCUGCUACUUCCGUUCUUUUGCCGAACAGAGCAGCAUACAAGGCUCAAGGAUAUCCUGGACCAACGUAUUGUAGCGCCAACGAGCAAUGAGGAAAAAGACAUCAUUCUACUUGUUCUUGUGGCCUUUGGUUGUCUGCAAAUUGACCCAAAAGCCCGGCCAACAAUGCAGCAGGUUUAUCAAGCACUCACAAACAGAAGCUACCCAAUGCCCAUCCUGAAGCCCCUUCAUGAAGUGAAAUUACAAAAUUUGCAUGAUUUCUGUGGCGCCAUACAGAAUAUAUGAUGGUCCGUAGCCCUAAGAUCCGGUUGCCAAUUAUUUGGCUUAUGUACUUGUAUCUUGUGUCAAUUCUGCAAAGGCCAGUGUAGUAAAUUUUGGACAUAGAUGCUGAACGUAAUGUGGGAUGAACUUUUUUGUGGCAAUAAAUCAUCAUGAAACAUACAAUUAUUAUCACAAGUACAACAAGGGAUAGACCAAUUUUGGAAUUCGAUGCGGACCUAUUUGUUA